AAAUCCGGCAGAAUGAGCGAUGGAAAUAAUUUCGAAAAAAAUGGAGAUCAGAUAUAUUGGCAGGUAGUGUUACAUGAAAACUCAAGUUGGAGACUGAGAUUUCAAGCUUGUGUUGGGUCAGUAUUUACCAAGUCGUGAAAUACGAGUAGAAGAUAUGAUUAUAAUUUUUUAUUUCUAAGAGAAUUUGCUCAGAGAAAGAUCACGCUCACUCAAUCAGAAAUAAAGGAGACUCAAAAACUUUCUACUUCAAACUUACAUGGUCCGUCAUUCUAGGUGGACCCUUGUCCAAAAACCUUGCCCACUUCUGAUUUAGAGCCUCCCCAACACCGAUUAAUUCGUAUUAUCGGUUUUUCCCAAUAUAAAUAUGGAAAAUUCUAUCACAAGUCAUUUAAUUUUCAUGGCGUAUCAGUGCCCCUUUACAACUAACUACGAAAACCUUAUCUACGAGAAGAAAUUUAUUAUAAGGUCUUUAUUGCCCUCAAGUCCAAAUUUUUAUUUGUUUUUAUUUUCAAACUAAUAAUAGUAUAUAGGUAUCAAUAAAAAUGAUGUUGAAUCUAGGGAAUAGCUAUAUUUCUACAUCGUUCAUCAUUGUUCUGCUUUAUGCGAUUUUCGUCAAUUGCGAAACAGAAAAUAACGGAAUUAGGACUGAACGAGCUACAAGCUUGGAAUGCAAAUCGUACGAGUUUCGUUGUCACGAUGGGCUGAAAUGCAUCCCGGAGUCCCAACAAUGUGAUGAAAUUAUCGAUUGUGCUGACCAAAGCGAUGAAUCGGAUUCUUGCGUAUUUUUUAAUUGCAACGACGGAAGAAAAAUUAGUUCCAGAUUUGUCUGUGACAGUUUCUUCGACUGUGCAGACGGAUCAGAUGAAAGCGAAGAGGAGGCGAAUUGUACGAUGUUUCAAUGUUCAAAUGGUGUGAAGAUUUCCCAGAAGCUUGUCUGCGAUGGGUUGGACGACUGUUAUGACAAAUACCACUCAGACGAAUGCAACUGCACAAAUUCUUUUACGUGUGGAAACGGCAUGUGCAUCGAUUCGUUCAAAAUUUGCGAUGAAAACGACGAUUGCGGGGAUGGCACAGACGAGCUCUCCUGCGAUGGUUUCAGGUGUGACAAUGGUAACAGAGUCGAAACCUCCAAGAAAUGCGAUGGUCGAGACGACUGUGGAGAUUCCUCGGACGAAUGCGUUUGCCAUGAUAGUUUCACUUGUAAUAAUGGAAGGUGCGUUUUGAACAACCAAUUGUGUAAUGGCAAGAAUGAUUGUGAAGACACAAGUGACGAAUGUGGAUGUGAACAUACAUUUCUAUGUAACAAUGGCAUGUGUAUAAAUCGUGAUCUAACAGGAAACGGAAUCGACGAUUGCAAAGACAAUAGUGACGAAACAAUCGUUUCACCGACAACCAACUACAUGACGACACGGGCAGAAGUUACGGAAGGUAGUACUAAUGACGUCACACCUAACGUCAACAUUGUAUUUCAAAAUACUACCCAACCAGCCAUUGUAAUGCCCACGGAAGAAACAAGGAAAAAAGCUGAGCAAACGACAAUAAAAGCAUUGCCUGAAGUAACUACUGACUUUGGGGCAAUUUUUGAUGUAUCGACCGAUAUCCCUGAGAGCGAUAUCACAACAUCAAAGUAUUCGAAUUUUUCUUGCGUUGGCGGGAAAAUAAUUAUGACGUCAUUAUUAUGUAACGGAAUAGAUGAUUGUAUGGAUGGAUAUAGAAGCGAUGAGUGUGAUUGUGACGACACAUUUAAAUGCAAAGAAUAUCAAGGUCAUACUAGAUGUAUUGUGUCCGACCUACUCUGUGACGGAGGAGACGAUUGUAAUGAUGGGUUCCGCUCUGACGAGUGCGGUUGCGCGGGAACUUUCAUCUGUGACGUCACAAAGAAAUGCGUAGAUAAUACUUCAAUCUGUGAUGGAUACGAUGACUGUGGCGAUAAUUCUGAUGAGGCCCCCGGUGCUCCCGAAUGUUCCGAAGAUUUCAAAUGUCGAAACGGACGCAUGGUGGCGCAAGAGUUUCUCUGUGAUGGUAAAGACGAUUGCAAUGAUGGAUUUCGAAGCGACGAAUGCUACUGUGCGGAUAGCUUCGAGUGUGAGAAUGAAAAAUGCAUCAUGAAAGAUCAAGUUUGCGACGAUGUUGAUGACUGUGGAGAUUGCAGCGAUGAAAUAGACUGCGCUUCUUCAAGUAUAAAUGAAUUUGAGACCCACGACAUGUACUUCUGCCUGAACAGUACAUGCAUUCGGGAUCAAAAAGUAUGCGAUGACGUCAUCGAUUGUAUUCAUGGCGACGACGAAAGAGACUGUGAUUAUUAUGAAGCAUACGGUGGCACUACUAUCAGCGAUGGAGGAAUGGAUGAAAGUGAAGUCACCACUAAUGAUGACGCCAUAAAAUUACCAAACAAACAAACGAUGUCACCCAAAUUUGUUAUAAAUUCAGUAACUAAAGAAACAAUCCUUCCAACUGAAGGUAACGCGGAACAUGAAAAAGGUCAAGCUGGAGAAGAUGACGCAUUUAGCGUGACGUCAUGGUCAUUUAUGACGUUAAUUGCCAUUUCACUGAUGACGCAUACGCUUGUGCUCUUAUUCUGAUUUUAUUAUCUAAAGGUUUUUAUA